AUGGCAAAAUUUUCUUCAACAAAUGUUCGUCUCACCUACCCUCCUCCUCAUGUAGCCUCCAACCCACGACUAUCACCAACCUCCGUCGCCUACCACCGUCUUCCGGCCGCCGAUUUCCAUAUCCGCUUCAAGUCGAAUUUCCUCUCCGCCGAAUUCUCUUCCCUUCAAAACUGGACUGUCCCGGUUCCGUUAGUAUUCUCCGAUCGGCGGUGCCGUCGAACUAUGGAGCCAAGCAAUGUCUACGUGGCUUCAAAUUCCACGGAAAUGGAGAUCGGAAGUCAGGAAAUUGUGAAGAAUCCGAGCUUGAUCUGUGCUCCAGUGAUGGCGGAUUCAAUUGAAAAGAUGGUGAUUGAAACGUGCAAAGCCCAGGAAUUGGGUGCAGACUUGGUUGAAAUACGAUUAGAUAUGCUGAAGGAUUUCAACCCUCUUGAAGAUCUGAAAAUCAUUAUUAAGAAAUCUCCUCUUCCCACUCUAUUCACCUACAGGCCAAAAUGGGAAGGUGGUCAAUAUGAAGGUGAUGAAAAUGAGCGGCUGGAUGUGCUCCGUUUGGCCAUGGAACUGGGAGCUGAUUAUAUUGAUGUUGAACUUCAGGUUGCAAGUGAGUUCAUCAAAUCGAUUGACGGAAAGAAGCCUGAAAACUUUAGAGUCAUUGUUUCAUCGCACAAUUAUCAGAGUACCCCCUCCGUUGAGGAUCUCAGUGACCUUGCUCUAAGAAUACAACAGGUUGGAGCCGACAUAGUGAAGAUUGCUACUACUGCUGUGGACAUCACAGAUGUUGCUCGCAUGUUCCAUAUAACCUCAAAUGCUCAAGUUCCCACAAUUGGACUUGUUAUGGGCGAGAGAGGUCUAAUGUCUCGGAUUCUUUGUUCGAAAUUUGGUGGUUAUUUGACUUUUGGCACCUUAGAAUCUGGAAAAGUUUCUGCGCCUGGUCAACCGACGAUCAAGGACCUGUUGGAUCUUUACAACUUUAGAAGAAUUGGUCCUGACACAAAGGUGUAUGGAAUUAUUGGCAAGCCUGUUAGUCACAGCAAAUCGCCUAUCGUUCACAACCAAGCUUUCAAAUCAGCUGGUUUUAAUGGCGUUUAUGUCCACUUGUUAGUUGAUAAUCUUGCAAGCUUUCUCCAAACAUACUCAUCCUCUGAUUUCGCUGGGUUCAGCUGUACAAUUCCUCACAAAGAAGCUGCAUUGAAAUGUUGUGAUGAAGUUGAUCCGUUGGCAAAGUCUAUAGGAGCUGUGAACACUAUACUAAGGAGACAAAGCGACGGAAAGUUGUUAGGUUACAAUACAGAUUGUAUUGGUUCCAUCUCUGCUAUUGAGGAUGGCCUACGAAGAUCAAGUGAUCCAAGCAGUGCACCUUCUUCUUCGUCUCCAUUGGCCGGUAAAACAGUGGUGGUUAUUGGUGCUGGUGGAGCAGGCAAGGCACUUGCUUUUGGUGCAAAAGAAAAAGGGGCCAAAGUUGUAAUUGCUAAUCGAACCUACGAACGAGCUCUAGAACUCGCGGAUGCCAUUGGAGGCAAAGCGAUAUCUCUCACGGAUUUAGAUAACUUUCACCCAGAAGAUGGCAUGGUUUUGGCCAACAGCACUUCUAUGGGCAUGCAACCAAAUGUUGACGAGACUCCCAUUUCCAAGCAUGCAUUGAAGCGCUACGCACUAGUGUUUGAUGCGGUUUAUACUCCGAGAAUCACCCGACUGUUACGGGAAGCAGAAGAAUGCGGAGCCGUAACUGUGUCGGGCUCAGAGAUGUUUGUCAGGCAGGCUUAUGAGCAGUUUGAGAUUUUCACCGGUUUGCCUGCUCCAAAGGAACUCUAUUGGCAAAUCAUGUCAAAGUACUGA